AUGCUCCUCCUGCUCUGCCUGACCGUCUUCUCCUCGGCGGGUUUUGCCAUGGAGAUGAACCAGACCUCCAAGCUGCUGGCGGAGAACGGAGAGCAGUGCUCGGCCUGCGACUUCCGGGAGCACAGCAAGCAGAUGAGGCUCCACAGCAUCAAGUCGCAGAUCCUCAGCAUCCUGCGGCUGGAACAGGCACCCAACAUCAGCCGGGACAUGAUCCGCCAGCUGCUGCCCAAAGCGCCUCCUCUGACGCAGCUCCUGGACCAGUACGACCCGCGGGUGGAGGACGAGGACCACGCAACGACGGAGACCAUCAUCACUAUGGCCACCAAGCCCAAUCCAGUCGCCGAGGACGAGCUGUCCUCCUGUUGUCUGUUCAGCCUCAGCCCAAAGAUCCAGCCCAAAAACAUCCUGAGCGCUCAGCUGUGGGUUCACCUGCGGCCGGCCGACAUGGUGACCACCGUCUUCCUGCAGAUCUCCCGUCUCAAACCCGGGAAGGAGGGAAACAACACGCGUGUCCGGGUUCGCUCCCUGAAGAUCGACACCGACGCCGGCGCCGGCUCGUGGCAGAACAUCGACAUCAAGUCUCUGCUGCAGGCCUGGCUACGUCAACCAGAAACCAACUACGGCAUAGAAAUCAACGCCUACGACUCCAAAGGAGAAGAUCUGGCCGUCACCUCGGCGGAGCCUGGAGAGGAAGGACUGCAACCGUUCAUCGUGGUGAAGAUCCUCGACAGCCCCAAAAGAUCCCGCCGUGACUCGGGUCUCAACUGCGACGAGGAGUCCGCAGAGACUCGCUGCUGUCGCUACCCGCUCACCGUCGACUUCGAGGAGUUCGGCUGGGACUGGAUCAUCGCGCCCAAACGCUACCGGGCCAACUACUGCUCGGGGGAGUGCGAGUUCAUGCACCUGCAACAGUAUCCGCACGCACACCUGGUGAACAAGGCCAACCCACGGGGCACCGCAGGGCCCUGCUGCACGCCCACCAAGAUGUCGCCCAUCAACAUGCUCUACUUCAACCGCAAGGAGCAGAUCAUCUACGGAAAGAUCCCGUCCAUGGUGGUGGACCACUGUGGCUGCUCCUGA